CCACCUCCUUCCCGACCGCCAUGCUCACUUCCCCUUUUAUAUCCCGCUCAUUCCGGUUUCUCUGUGUGUCUCAUCUCGGACAAGCAUAUCAUCGAACAUAAAGCGAUCGCUUGUACAGAAGAAGUUGACGACAAAACAAUGGCGUCGGAACAGGUGUCUCGCAGGGAGAACACGACUACCGAGAGGGAGGUUCACAUUGAGAAGGAUCGAGUCCCCAAGAUGACCACCCACUUCGAGCAUCUCGCUGAACAGGUCAAGGAAGGAUCGGAUACCCCGCAAGGGAGUAUUCAGGAGUUACAGGGUGGGGAGUACAGGAAGGAGCAUGGCGGGAGAGCCAUUGGGGAUAUUGGCGGGACUGGGAAAGCCAGGGAGACUCAUGAAUUGGGGCCUCAUUUCGAAUCUCUUGCUGAUAAGGUGAAGGGAGAAAAGGGGGAGAAGAAAGAGUCUUAUGCCGCUAAAGUCGGGAAUACCGCGCCCUUUUCAAAUGUGGGCCAGUUCGAAGGGAAAGCUGAAGCGAACAAGGGCUCGGCUGGAGGAGCUAGAGGGAGAGAUCAAUCUGAACCCGAGAGUCGAUCCAGAGUAGUGAAUACGGGCGGACCAACGCAAAGCGGUGUGGAGAAACAGGCAAGAGAAAACAGAGGGCAAGUUGAAGCGGAGAAAGGAAGAAGAGGGAACAAAGGGCAGGUUGAAGCAGAAGAGGGAAGAAGCUGGGAAAACAGGGGGGAGGCUAGAAUCAGAGAAGAGAAACUGGGGACGAGAGGCACAGAGAGCGGAGGAGAAGUUAAAGGCAGGGUUGGAGUUGAAACUCAAGGUCCUACUGCUGUUAUAACGUGCACAUUCGAAGGAGGCGAGAAGGAAGAAGAUGGAAGGGACGCAAGAGGAUUAGAAUCAGCGACAGAGAGAGCAAGACGAGAAGAAAACAGAGGAAGAGGUGGUGAUCAGGAGAAAGAAUCACAAUCUACCUUGGAAGACAUUUCCAAAUACAGAGGCCAAGUCCAAGAGAACACAAUGGAAGCUAUGAGAGCAGCACAGGAGCGGUAUGAAAGAGCAAAGCAGGCAGCUAAUGAGACAGUCGGUUCUACAACCCAAACAACUCAGGAGAAAGCUGCACAGGCCAAGGACAUAGCAAUGGAAAAAGCUGCUCAAGCCAAAGACUACACACUAGAGAAAGGCCAACAAGGCUAUGCUACUGCAAAAGAUACCAUCUCAAGCGCCACUCAGACGGCUUCAGAUUACACCUCUCAAGCAGCAAAGAAGGCUGCUCAAGCUAAGGACGUGACAUUAGAGAAAGGCCAACAAGGUUAUGCUUCUGCAAAAGACACCAUCUCAAGCGCCACUCAGACGGCUGCAGAUUACACCUCUCAAGCAGCAGAGAAGGCGAAAUCUGCAGGUAGCACUACUACUCAAUAUGUUGGAGAGAAAGCUGGUCGGGCUAAGGAUGUCACUCUGGAGACUGGCAAGACUGCUGCUGAAUAUGCUGGAAAACUGGCGGCUGAUCUGAAGGACAAGGCGACUGUGGCAGGGUGGACGGCGGCGCAUUAUUCGACGGAGAAGACUGUGGAAGGGACAAAAGCGGCGGCGAAUAUUGUUCAGGGAACGGCGGGGUAUGCUGCUAAUAAGGCCAGUGAGCUUGCAUCCAAGUCAUUAGGUGCUGUCAAAGGGUUAGCUGCUAGAGCUGGGGAGACUGCUAAGGAUUAUACUGCGAGGAAGAAGGAGGAGGCAGAGAAGGAUUACGAAACUAAAAAAGCGUCUCAACCACAGGAAACUGAGCGGAGGCCAUCAUCUGGACAAGAACAAGGUCAAAAAGGAGGAGGCAUGUUCCAAAACAUCACUGGAAGCUUUCAGGAAGGUGGUGGGAUUGGCGAAACUAUAGGCCAAUAUGCCCAAUCCACUAAAGAAGCAGUGGGAGAUUUUGCGCAGACAAUGAAGAAGCCAUUAGAUGCAGCUGCACAAGGAGGAAGCGAGGUGAUAGGAGCAGUAGGUGAAACUGUAGGUGAAAUCGGACAGACAAUGAUCAGACCAGCAGAGAGAGCCUCAGAACAAGUUCAGAAAGGUCAAGCAGGAAGUGGCUUUAUCGAUGCUAUUGGAGAAACCAUAACAGAAAUAGCACAGACAACCAAAACCAUGGUUGUGGGAGAUGAUGAAAUAGAAUCAGGCUCGAAACAGAACAUUGGAUCAGAGUUUGAUCAUGGCAACCAAGGAGGGUUGACUUAUGAAGUGCCUAGAAGAGAGACCUUUGAAACCAGGAAAACCUGAGGUUUUAUGGAGUCGAUAGACAGACAUGUUCAGUGUGUUGAUGUUUUGGCGUUUUGUUUCGUGAAUUCUGUAAAUAAAUAAAAGUCGCUUAUGGCGAUUCCAGAAUGUCCGAUUUGUAAACUCCGCUUGUCGUCCCUAAAAAAUUGUGUGGGUGCAAAAUUUAUAACUAUGUUUUUGGUGUCUUGGGUUGGUGAUGUAAUUGUAAUGUAAUACAUAGAUCAUGCUGAAGCAAUUGCAUUAGUCAUUAGUGGGAAAGGAACCACUUGCCAGUCGGUGCAAUUGCAUAAGCUAGGAUCAUGAGUGUUCUAAUCAUGUCAUAUUAAGAACCAUGUCAGUGUGUAUAAUAUGUUUUAUUCUUAAUAAACUGAGCUUGUUUAUUUAUCA